GUUAUAAUGCGACCUUAGCGGUAUCUUUGGUUUUUACGCCACAAUAAGCUGCGUGAGAAUGGGGACGAUUCGAAAAUACCCUGUCUGUGUAGGUCGAGAAAAAGGAUUGAAGAAAACUAAAAAUAUCCGUCCAAAAAAGCCUUCGAACAGAAGAGGACGUUUAACCAAACAAGCGAAGUUCGCACGGAGUCUCAUACGUGAAGUAGUGGGAUUUGCACCUUUCGAGAAGCGUAUGCUCGAGUUGCUGAAGAACGACAAAGAAAAGAGGGCCCUCAAGUUCGCCAAACGUCGUAUCGGUGGUCAUAGAAGAGCCAAAAAGAAGAGGGAAGAAAUGAUUGGCAUUGUUAAGUCGAUGAGGAUGAAGUGAUGUAACAUAAAACGAUUGGUGGUAGGAAAGAAGAUUGAUUACAUGUGAUAACAGAGAACUCGCUAAAUAAUUUUUUUUUAGGUGCACUGGGAUUAUUGAUUUAUUCAAUGAACGACUACGCAUGAAGAAAAAGGCGACCACAAACAUUUUAUCAUUAUUAAAAUGGUAAAUAAACAAGAAGAACACCCUUCUGCAUAGUUAAUCGCAUGGUGAACAACCUUCGUUACCACUCAUCGGGUUUCCAGUCGACUUCCCUAGUGCCCAUUUUUGUCAUUUUCAGACAGCAAACGUAGUUCCAGUCAAACUGACGAAACCUGAAGUAUGCAUUCAGAAGUUAGUUCUGACUCUUAAUCCUUUGGCCGUAUGAUGCUGCCUAUAGGACACAAUUUCCACUUGUUAUUUAUGUGAUCAUAUUUUUUCAUAUGCGUAGUUCUUUGUAGAAUAAAUGAAUAAUUCUAGCCCAUCCAAAACCUGUUUCAACCCGAAAUCAACCUCGAACUAAUUUCAUUUCACAUUUGAUUUUACUCAUUUAGCAAGGUCCUCGUUCUUAACUGUAAUCAAUCUCCUUUCUGAUCAACAAUCGUUUCAUGUUACACCCCUUGUAAAAUGAACAAAUACAUGCUGGUUAACUAUAGUGUAAAUUUG